AUUGACAGUGGAUGUUCGAGACAUAUGACGGGAAACUUAACACUGCUAGAGAACAUCCAUCCUAUCGAAGGUCCCUUGGUGACAUUUGGAGACAACGAGAAGAAAGGACGCACAAAGGCUGUUGGUGAAAUUCAUAAGAAUGAAUUGGUGAUCAAGGGGGUAUCUUACGUUGAGGGGCUCAAAUUCAACCUCCUUAGCACAAGCCAGUUCUGUGACAAGGGCUACAGAGUGAUCUUCACCAAAAGCAAGUGCCAAAUCAUACAAGAGGAAUCUCUCGAAGUCGUCCUGGAAGCAGCAAGGAAAGGAAACAUGUACAUAGUGGAUUGGAGAUCUGCCAAACCAUCCCUAUGUAUGCUGGCAAGGAGCAAGGAAGACUUAUGCUGGGAUUGGCACAGUAAGCUUAGCCAUCUGAACUUCAAAACUAUCAACAAGCUUACUAAGAGGAACCCUGUGGAAGGACUGCCCAAAGUUACGUUUCGAAAGGACAAGAUUUGUGAGGCAUGUCAACGUUGUAAACAGAUCAAAUCCUCUUUCAGAACCAAAACAUUAUCUACUAGACCACUAAGUCUUCUCCAUAUGGACUUAUUUGGCCCAGUAGAUCCACCCAGCAUGAGAGGAAGAAAGUACACUCUUGUGGUAGUAGAUGACUACACAAGAUUCACCUGGACCGUGUUCUUAACCAAGAAAAGCGAGACAAAAGUUGCCUUACCAAACCUUCUGAAGCAGGUUCAAAUUGAAAAGGAUGUCUCGAUACUAAAGAUUCGGUCAGAUCAAGGUGGAGAGUUCGUUAAUCAAGUUAUCGAGAGCUACUGCAACGAGAACGGUAUUCAUCAUCAGUUAUCAGCUGCUCGAACGCCUCAACAGAACGGGGUUGCUGAAAGAAGGAACAGAACUCUCAAGGAAGCUGCAAGGACCAUGCUCUCGCAAGCCAACAUAUCUCAAGGAUUUUGGGCAGAAGCAAUCAACACAGCGUGCUAUACCCAAAAUCGAUCCUUGAUCGUGAAAGGAGUUGGAAAGACUCCAUAUGAGUUGUGGAAUGGAAGAAAACCGAAUGUAAGCUACUUCCACACAUUCGGGUGCAAAUGCUAUGUCCACAACAAUGGGAAGACUCAGCUAAGGACUUUUGAUGAAAAGGCAGAUGAUGGAGUAUUUCUGGGAUACUCAUCGACAAGUAAAGCAUUCAGAGUCUUCAACAAGCGGAGAUUGGUGGUUGAAGAAUCCAUACAUGUCUCUUUUCUCGAAGCCAUACGCAUCUUUUUCGCAUAUGCCGCCUUCAAAGACUUCAAAGUGUAUCAAAUGGAUGUCAAGAGCGCUUUUCUGAACGGACUUCUCGAAGAAGAGGUGUACGUUGAACAACCUCCGGGUUUCUUGAAGGACGUGGGAGCUGACAAAGUAUACAAGUUGAAGAAGGCACUUUACGGCUUAAAACAAGCUCCGAGAGCUUGGUAUGAUACCUUAUCCUCUUUUCUACUUCAGUGUGGGUUCACCAAAGGCCUAGUGGACAAAACAUUGUUUAGAAUUAAGGAUGGGGAUCACAUCUUAUUGGUGCAAAUCUAUGUGGACGAUAUCAUUUUUGGAAGCACCAAUCCAGACUUGUGCGAGAAGUUCUCCAGGUUGAUGAAAGGGAAGUUCGAGAUGAGCAUGAUGGGAGAACUCAACUACUUCCUUGGAUUACAAGUGAGACAGCUUAAGGAAGGUAUCUUCAUCAAUCAGGAGAAAUACACCAAGGAUCUGCUCAGGAAAUACAACAUAGAAGGGAAAUCCUCAGUCAAAGUACCCAUGGGAACCUCUCUACGUAUCGAUGUCGACAGUGAAGGUCGAGAGGUCGAUCAAACUACGUAUCGAGGUAUCAUCGGAUCUCUUCUUUAUUUAACUGCUAGUAGACCAGAUAUAUCCUUUGCAGUAGGUGUAUGUGCUAGAUUUCAGGCAAGUCCUAAGGAAAGUCACUUAAAUGCAUCUAAAAAGAUCCUUAGAUACCUCAAAGGUACGCAAAGUGUUGGACUUUGGUAUUCGAGAGGUGGAUCUUUCGAACUUAUGGGUUAUUCAGAUGCGGACUUUGCCGGUUGUAAAAUAGAUCGAAAGAGCACAUCAGGGACAUGUCAGUUUCUAGGUGGAAGACUUGUCUCAUGGUUCAGUAAGAAACAGCAUUCGAUAGCUACAAGCACCGCUGAGGCAGAAUACGUAGCAGCUGGAAGUUGCUGUGCUCAGAUUUUAUGGAUGAAGCAACAACUACUGGAUUAUGGUUGUAACACCCCGAUUAUGUGUGAUAACACCAGUGCUAUAGCUAUUACUCAGAAUCCAGUGUUACAUUCAAGGACAAAACACAUUGAUAUCACGUAUCACUUCAUCCGAGACCAUGUUGAGAAAGAGGAUAUAACUUUGAAAUAUGUUGCAACUGAGGAGCAACUAGCAGAUAUUUUCACAAAAGCGUUAUGUGAAAAUAGAUUUUCUCAACUAAGGUUAGAAUUGGGAAUGAUAAGAGUUGAACUGCCAAAGAGGGCCAAGAGGGCCAAAACAGUGGCAGAUGCUGAGGAACCACGAGUGGUGGUUCGAGAGUUAUCAGUCCCAGCAGCAGAAGAUCAAGUCUCAGUUGAAGCCGCUGCUGAUGAUCAGGGCACUGUGGUCAGGGACCCAGUGCAAAAUGCUGAAAAUGUUGUAAUGACACCCAUGGAAUCUGCACAAGUCGAAAGAUCAAUUGCAAGAACAAUAGCAGAUGUUGGGUUGACUCGUGAUCUCUCGGAUGAUCAUCGAGAGAUAAAUGAACACGCAGUGGAUUGUGCAUCGCCAACAGAACUUCUGUCUGCUGACUCUGAUGAGCUGAAUGCUGAAGUCACUUCUCAGUUGAAUCAAAGUCCGAUUGAUCAACUGGUUUCGAGAGCAGCAAAUAUGGUGGCAGAGGAGGACUUUGCUUUAAACUGGCUCGCCACUGCUUUAUCCUUGGGAUAUCCAGUAGUAGAUACGAGAGGUCCAGGAGAAACCUCAGGAGUUGCAAGAAAUGAUCCUGGAUAUCCAAUACCAACAGCAGCAACACCAAUAUCCCAAGUUCGUGACUCUGCUCUGGACGAACAGAUAGAGAGUAUUAGUUUGUCUAGGCAAUCUCCUAUAGUAUCUAGUGAGGAACUUACUGAGGUGGAAGUAGAAGCUGUGGAGAGAAAUCAAUCUCAGCAGCAAAAUGUGCCUCCUUCUCAAUCUGAUGUAGACAAUUAUGUGAAGAAGGUGAGGGAUGCAGUUAGAUAUGUCAAAAAUUCUCCUGCUAGGCUAAAAAAAUUCAGUGACCUUGCUGAUUUAAUAAGGGUGGAAGCCAAGUCUAAUUUGACUCUUGAUGUACCAACUAGAUGGAAUUCAACCUAUUUGAUGCUUAAGAAUGCACUCACAUAUCAAAAAGUAUUUGGGGCCUAUGAAGAAAAUGAUAGUUCAUUCUCCUCUGAUUUAGGUAAAUCUGUCCCAGAUUUUAUGGAUUGGCAUUCUGUUGAGCAUAUGUUUGAAAUGGUAGAAGCUGAAUAUGCCUCUGUUAAGUUGAUGGGUUCAAAUAUGAAAAUGAAUUCUUCUGUUUCUACUACUAUUGUGCAAGAGACUUCUGUCACUAGUACAUCCCACUCUGAAUCUGUCACCAUUGCCUCUGAAUAUGCUUUUAGCAUUAGUGGAAGAGUGUUAGAUGCAUUUAGGAGUUCUUUAACUCAUAGGAUAGUGGAAACACUUGUUUGUGCCCAAGAUUGGAUGAGGUUGCCAAAUCACCCCAUCACAGUGGAAGAAAAUCUGGAUGAGGUGGAGAGAUUAGAAAAAGAAUUGAUGAGUGGCAGUGGAGUUGGUUUAUCACUUGCCCCAAUGCUAUAA